AUGGCUACCUUGGGUAGCUUGAGCUCAUUGUUUGAGAAACCGCUGCCCGACAACCUGACGCUGUUUGAUUCUCUGUCCUCAUGGAACCAAAUCAAGCCCAAGAAACCAGCGGACAACUCGUCCUUCACCGAGAUCUUUGGCGAGCUUCACUUCCAAGAGAAGCCUGCACCGCCCGAGAAUCCACCCUCCGAUCAUGAGAAGAGUGGCAGGAAUGGCUACGGAUGCCAACCCAAGAGCAACGGAGUCUUCUCUGCGAAGAAUUCCGAGUCCCUGCAGCUAUGCACUGAAGGGCUGGGCUCCGAGAGCUCGGAUGAUGUCGACGACUUGAUGAAGGAAGGUGGCGAUGAUUGCGGUGAUCUCGAGAAAGAGGAGGACACAGAGAGGCGCGCGCAAGGUGGUUACUCGAGAAGUUUGUCGGAGGUGCGAUCGAGGAGCGGCGGCGGGUUCCCGCCGCCGAUAUCGUCCAUCGGGAAAAGCGGCAAGCCAUGGAUCUCCUUCAAAUCUUAUAGGGAGGACGGGAGUGGGCUCAAUUCUGGAAGAGCAAAUGGCAGUAUGAAUGCUUUCUCUAACCUCCCAGCUUGA